AUGCCUAUGAUUGUUAGAUCACUUGAUGUGAACAAAGAUCCAUUUCGUCCUCUAGAAGAGGGAGAAGAUAUACUUGGUCCCGAAGUAUCAUAUAUGAGUGCAAUCGAUGCACUUAUGUACCUAGCAAAUUGUAUGAGACCAGAUAUUGCAUCCUUGGUCCAUUUAUUGGCUCAAUAUAGUUCUGCUCCAACUUUGAAUCAUUGGAAAGGAGUUAAACACAAAUUACAUUAUCUUCAAGAAAUGACUAACUUGGGCUUAUUCUAUUCAAAUGAAUCAACAUCACAAUUAAUCGGAUAUGCAGAUGCUGGUUAUUUAUCAAAUCCACAUAAAGCCCGAUCACAAACAAGAUAUGUGUUCACUUGUGGUGGUACUUCUAUUUUGUGGCGUUCUAUAAAAAAAAUAUUGACUGCUACUUCUUCUAAUCAUUCUGAGAUUAUCGCGAUUCAUGAAACAAGUCGCGAAUGUAUUUGGUUGAGAUCUAUAAUUUAG